AUGUCGGCCGUCUUCGGCACGCAUCCGGCGGCAGCGGAGGCCGCUCAGGCAGGAACGGCCCAUCAGAGCCCGCCUGCGGCCUCUGAUGCUGCUCCCGCCGCCGGGGAUGCGUCAGGCGCCCAGCCGGCGCCUGCGAGUGUCGACGUUGCCGAGGUGUUGACGGCCAAGGCGGCCCAGGCUGGGCAGACCCUGGACUGGAGCCAUUCGAUCGUUGAUCUGAUGAAGCUGCUGGGUCUUGACAGCAGCCUUGCCGCGCGCAAGGACCUGGCAGGUGAGCUGCAUUACACGGGUGACACGAACGACUCUGCGAGCAUGAACGUGUGGCUGCACAGCGCGGUCAUGAAGAAGCUUGCGGAGAAUGGCGGCAAGGGUCAAGGCAGUCAGGCUGACCUGCAGAAGUGA